ACAGUAGCUUCUUUGAGUUCCGACGUACCAUGAGUAUGGACGCAGCGCCACUACAAUUGAUGAGUUCCAGUUCCGGUUUACCAAUGGCGGAAAUGAGUCACACCGCCCGUGUCCGCCCGCUCUGCUGGAAAACCGCACGGCGGCUUCUCAGUGCCGCUGUUCCUUUGGUUGUGUCAUGGCCCGUAAGGGUAAAAGCCGCAGCUGCUGCUUCGCUGGGGCCUUCCGUGCCGCCGGUGAGAAUAGUGGCUCUUGUCGGAGACGGCAGCGUCAGCCCCCUCAACUCCGCCCCUUGGCAUGACGUCAUGCUCCACACCGCCAAAAAAUUGAAGUGGGUUGAUGAGCAGUAUGAAAUGCGCGUAUUUAGUGACAACUUUUAUGAGUCUAAUAAUGAAACUGUUGCCAAACGUGUUACAGAAGAAGUGCGCCGAUCGAAUGUUUUGAUAGUCGUUGCUGUUACAAGUAAAGAGUCAGUCAAAUGGAUUCAAGCACAUCGCCAUUUUGUCCCAAAUAUCAUAUGUUUGGAGUCAUCUGUUGCACUAACAAACAAACUGGGAGGGAUGGUAAUUGAAACUGAGAUUAAGGGUAAUAAUAUAUUUACAAAAUUAGUACCAACUUCUCAAUGGAAGAAACUACAUGAAUCGAGGGAAGUGGCCCAAACUGUGUCUUUAGCUUGGGAGAGGCACAAUUGUGAUGAUAUACGGUUUUGUUUGCUGGUCAUAAUCAAUGCUUAUAUAACUCCAGUUCCAACACUAAAGAACCUAAGAGCAAAAGGCUUUUCAACCUUUAAGUGUAUGCUGAAAAACUGUGGGGUACAAAUACUGAAUUGCCUUUCUGAUCCUAUAUGUAGAAAAGCCCUUCAGUGCUUAAGCCAGUGCAGCCCAGGGGACCAGGUAUGCAACUACACAUGCAUAGCAUCCUACGAGAGUCCACUCCUGGAAGAGUUCUCUCUUUGUGUACUCCAGAAGAACAACUGCUUAGGAUUGGACGUCGAAAUCCCAGAAAAACCACAUGUGGCCCCGAUUUCGGGGUUUCGCGGGCAAAGAUUGUGUCACGAGACCGCAGAGGAUCUUCUCGUGGGCUGGUUGGGGAAACUCGAUUGGAGUUGGCGCGUUGUGGCUGGGCAAAACCGAGCCUAUGAUCAAUUCCCAUGCCAGUACCAGUUAUUCUAUAGAGGAAAACAAAAGGGGACGUUUUGGUGUGAAGCAGUCUUUCAGGUGAGGACACUAGAUGGGAGCGCUACAUCAUGGAGAAGGCGAAAGUACAAUGUGAGGAGGGGGGAAGUCCCGGGGAUAUUUCACUUCAGCAUCAUGGAUAAUGGAGUGGUUACGGACGAGAUGUGGACGAUUGUGGAUGUUUGUGAGGAUCUUAGCUGGGGAUUGAUUCAUUACCGUGGGGCGGCUCGAGUGGCAGGGCAGACAUACUCCGGGGCAGUGCUAGUCAGUCCAGAUGGUGUGUAUCCUGAUGAGAAACAACACCGCGAGAGAUUGAUAGCUGCAUUGGAUAGGUGUUGUAUCAAAGAGUGGGAGCUCUUCAUGGUUGAUAAUAAUUGUUCAUGUCAAGAUCCACCUCUCUGUCUUCCUGAGGGGUGUAGUCUACAUUAUAAUGUUGAUGUAGAUCAUAGCAGGAAACAAAUGUCUCUACUUUAGUUGGUCUCCAGGCAUCGAUAGAUCUCAAGUGCCAACAACCUUGGGGUCGAUAACUCAUGAAAAAGUGUCAUUGCCAGUUCCAGUUAUCUAUUACUCUAGUGUAUAACAAUAAAAUGUUUUGUCAAUAGUAUUCUCGCCUAAACAUUUACAUAUUCUAUUAGUGCACAACAACACAAAAGAACAGUGCGUUUAAAUUUAAUACAUGAAAUGAUUCAUCUUGAGCAAAA